AUGGAUAUCGUGGAUAUUGUGGAAAUGGUGGAGGUCAUGGGCAUUGCCCUGGGAGUCAUAGGAUUAAUACUUACCAUCGUGAUCUGUGCACUCCCCACCUGGAUAGAGACAACCUUCAUAGCAGAUAACUUUAUCACCACAGAGGUGUACUUGCGCGGGCUGUGGAUGAGUUGUGUGACCCAAAGCACGGGACAGACACAGUGUAAUGUGCACAACUUAAGGGGGAACAGGCCCCCCAGUAUGGAGUAUGCCGGAGCCAUGAUCCUCACUGCCAUCAUCCUGGGAGUUCUGGGGGUCACGGUCUCCAUGGUUGGAGCCAAGUGCACCAACUGCAUCAAAGAACAAACGUCUCAGGCCAAGUUGAUAAUUAUCUCUGGAAUACUUUUCUUGCUGGCCGGAAUUCUCAUCCUCUUCCCUGUUUCCAUGGUAGCCAGAUCAUUUAACAGUGACUACUCCAUGUUGAUCGGAGGGAAGGCUGAGCUGGGGGCCUCGCUGUACUUCGGCUGGGGGGCGGCCGCCCUUUUCCUGAUUGGAGGUUUCAUACUGUGCAUCACUGUGGGAGUCUUUGGAUGGAUGAUGGGAAUCUGUGGAUGGGUAGUCUCCCUAGUGCCCUGUUAUAUGACUAUUUUCGGCCCAUAUUGGGAAAUACCGAUGGAUAUGCUGAAGAUCACCUGCAUCUCCACCAUCCUGGGAGCUCUAGGAGUGAUGGGGUCCAUCUUUGGGACCAAGUGA